AUGAAGGUCGCCAGAGCCUCGCUUCUUGCCAUAUUGGCACACUCGGUCAGCGCCCGCUUUGUUGCCGAAGAUGAAAUCAAUCGCGUCCAGUUGUAUCCCGCCGGUUCCGAGCCCGAGAAGUAUUUGAUUGAGCUUGCCCCAGGCGACACCCGCUGGGUGACCGAGGAGGAGAAGUGGGAGCUUCGCCGAAACGGCAACCGCUUCUUCGAUAUCACUGACCACAAAGACCUCGGCGCCACCCGCCUCCACACAAGGACGAAGAGUGUCUUCCCCGAGAAAUGCCACCUCCAGGACAAGGUGAAGCCUCUCAUCAAAGACCUUGACAAGUCCGAAAUCCAAAAGAACCUCGAGAAGUUUACAAGCUUCCACACCCGCUACUUCAAGUCCGACUAUGGCCGCCAGUCUUCCGAGUGGCUCCUCUCCAAGAUCAACUCCAUCAUCAAGGAUGCCGGCGCUGAGAAGCACGUCUACGCUGAGCACUUCCCCCAUACCUGGCAACAGAGCUCCAUCAUUGUCACCAUCCCCGGCAAGUCGAACAGCACUGUUAUCAUCGGCGCCCACCAGGACUCCAUCAACCUGUGGCUGCCCUCUAUCCUCGCGGCGCCCGGCGCUGACGACGAUGGCAGCGGCUCCAUGACCAUCCUCGAGGCCUUCCGCACCCUACUCAAGUCCAAGGACGUCGUUUCUGGCAAGGCCGACAACACGAUCGAGUUCCACUGGUACAGCGCUGAGGAGGGCGGUUUGCUUGGUAGCCAGGCCAUCUUCUCGUCGUACGAGCAGGAGGGGCGUGAUAUCAAGGCCAUGCUCCAGCAGGACAUGACCGGUUUCGUGCAAAGGACGCUCGAUGCCGGCCAGCCCGAGAGUGUUGGUGUCAUUACUGACUUCGUUGACGCUGGUCUGACCGGCUUCAUCAAGAAGGUGAUCGUUGAGUAUUGCAAGGUUCCCUACGUUGAGACCAAGUGCGGAUACGCCUGCUCUGAUCACGCCUCUGCAAGCAAGGCCGGCUAUCCCUCAGCCUUCGUCAUCGAGUCCGCCUUCGAGUACUCGGACAACCACAUACAUAGCACCGACGAUACCAUCAAGUACUUGUCGUUUGACCACAUGCUUGAGCACGCCAAAAUGACCCUUGGACUGGUGUACGAGCUCGGCUUCACUGACUUUGCUGCUCUUGAAAAGAAGAGUGCGACUGUUUCUGAGGAGUUGUAA